UUGAGAUUUCCCAGAGCACAACCGCCUUUUGGUAGAGACAUGAUAUCAAUGACAAAGAAAUUGAUUGAAGACAAUUUCAAUCUUAAAAAUGGAUUUACGCAUGAUGCGCAGGUUAUUUAUGGCGAUACUGAUUCUGUGAUGAUUAAUUUUUCUGAAAAGGACCUGGAAAAGGUUUUUGAAAUAUCCAAAAAAGUGAGUCAGUUUGUAUCCGACAAAUUUGAAAAGCCCAUCUCACUGGAAUUUGAAAAAGUCUAUAGUCCCUAUCUUCUUAUCAAUAAAAAAAGAUAUGCUGGACUGGUUUACACAAAUCCACAAAAGCCAGACAAAAUUGACACAAAAGGAAUUGAAACUGUUCGAAGAGAUAAUUGUGAGCUGGUCAAAACCGUUAUUGAGAAUUGCCUGAACAAGAUUCUCUUUGAAAAGAAUCUUGAGGCUGCCAAGAACUAUGUGAAAGAUGUUGUUAGGGAUUUGUACACCGACCAGAUUGAUUUAAGCCAGUUAGUCAUUUCCAAAACAUUUACAAAAAGCAAUUACACGACAAAACAAGCACACACCGAGCUUGCAGAGAAGCUUAGAAAACGCGGAAUAAGUGUUGGAAUUGGCGAUCGCAUUCCCUAUGUCAUUGUAAAAGGAGAUAAGAAAAUGGCAGCAUAUGAAAAGAGUGAGGAUCCAGUCUAUGUUCUUGAAAACAACCUCCCAAUUGACAAGGAGUAUUACAUUGAACAGCAGCUUGUCAAACCUGUGCAAAGAUUAUUUGAGCCGGUGAUGGAGAAUGUUUCUUCGCUGUUCCAUGGCGAACACACAAAAGUAAUAUCCAGUGGUGUAACAAUGCAAGGGCCAAUGAAUAUGUUUGUAAAAACAAAAGAUGAGUGUGUUGGAUGCAAGAAGCCCGGCACAAUACUUUGUGCUGCAUGCCGUCCGAAUUUCCCCAGCUUAUUCAUGGCCAUUCAACACCAGUUCAAUGAAAAAACAAAAAAAUUUAAUAAUUGCUGGGUGGAAUGCCAAAGAUGUAUGGGAAGUGUUGUAAACGAAGUGCUUUGUGUCAAUCGGGUUUGUCCUAUUUUCUAUAUGAGAACAAAAGUUAAAAAGGAACUGGAGCCGUUGGAGGAAAAGCUUCGGAAGUUGCGAAGCGUUUCGUGGUAA